AUGAGACUAACCAAAGCCAUUACCGGCAGCACCUCUCUGGUGAAUCCAAAUAUCAAAACUCUUCACACAGACUCAGACCCUUCCUCAAUCUACCAUCUUCUCAAGUCCUACGCGCUUUCCUCAACAAACAUCCUCAAAGCUCAAACCCUCUUCCACCAAAUCCACCGACCCACGUUGUCGCUUUGGAACCUCAUGAUCCGCGGUUGGUCGCAGAGUGACCAACCCAUCGAAGCAAUUUGUAUGUAUAACCUCAUGUAUAGCCAAGGCAUUGUUGGUAACAAUCACACUUACCCAUUUCUCUUUAAGGCCUGUGCUCGAGUUUCUGAUGUUUCCUGUGGUAGAAUAGCUCAUGCCCGUGUUUUGAAACUUGGGUUUGAGUCCCUUCUUUUUGUUUCCAAUUCGUUGAUUCAUAUGUACGCUAGUUGUGGUGAUUUGGGUUUUGCGCGUAAGGUGUUUGAUGGAAUGCCUGAGAGGGAUUUGGUUUCUUGGAAUUCGUUGAUUUGUGGGUAUAGUCAGUGCAAGAGGUUUAGGGAGGUUUUGGGUCUUUUUGAAGCAAUGCAGGUGGCCAAUGUGAACGGUGAUGCUGUGACAAUGGUGAAGGUUGUUUUGGCAUGCAAUUUUUUGGGUGAGUGGGGUGUUGCUGAUGCCAUGGUUAAGUACAUUGAGGAAAACAAGGUGCAAAUUGAUGUUUACCUAGGAAAUACCCUGAUUGAUAUGUAUGGACGGCGCGGUAUGGUUCAUCUUGCUCGAGAAGUAUUUGAUCGGAUGCGACACAGAAAUAUGGUUUCUUGGAAUGCCAUGAUUAUGGGAUAUUGGAAAGUAGGAAAUUUGUUUGCAGCUCAGGAGCUGUUCAAUGCUAUGCCGCAGAGAGAUGUGAUCUCAUGGACUUCUAUGAUCACGGGUUAUUCUCAAGCAAACCAAUUUACGGAGGCAGUGAGGCUUUUCAAAGAAAUGAUGGAAGCUAAGGUGAAGCCGGAUGAAAUUACGGUUGCUAGUGUGCUUUCUGCAUGCGCCCAUAUUGGUUCACUUGAUGUUGGGGAGGCAGUUCAUGACUAUAUACGGAAAUAUGACGUGAAAGCUGAUGUUUAUGUUGGAAAUGCCUUGAUAGAUAUGUAUUGCAAAUGUGGUGUAGUUGGGAAAGCAUUGGAGGUGUUUAAAGAUAUGAGGAAGAAGGACUCUGUGUCAUGGACUGCGGUUAUUGUCGGCCUUGCCGUGAAUGGUUUUGCAGAUUCGGCACUUAAUUUUUUUUCACAGAUGUUGAGAGAAGGUUUUCAGCCAUCUCCUGGAGCCUUUGUUGGAGUUUUGCUAGCCUGUGCUCAUGCUGGAUUGGUUGAUGAAGGAUUGGAAUAUUUUGAAACUAUGGAAAAGGUUUAUGGAGUGACACCGGAAAAGAAACAUUAUGGAUGUGUUGUGGAUCUUUUGAGUCGCUCUGGCAAUUUACAGAGGGCAUAUGAGUUCAUAAAAACGAUGCCUAUGGCUCCAGAUGAUGUAGUAUGGAGGAUAUUGCUGAGCGCCUCUCAGGUUCAUGGAAACAUACCCUUGGCUGAGAUUGCUACAAACAAGCUUCUUGAACUGGAUCCUUCUAAUAGUGGUAACUAUGUACUCUCGUCUAAUACUUAUGCGGGAUCCAAUAGAUGGGAAGAUGUUAUUAAAAUGAGAGGCCUAAUGGAGGAGAGUAAUGUACAGAAACCAUCAGGUAGCAGUUCCAUAGAAAUAAAUGGUUCAAACAGUUCUCAGGAUUCAUGUUUUGUUAAACUUCAAGAGAAAAGUAAAUUGACUGCUAUCUAGAAGAGUCAUUUAUUACUUUAUAAAUUGAUUUCAUUUGUGAGACGACAUGGUCUAUGGAAGGGAAAUAAACCAAGGGCAUGAAAAUUUAAACCUCACCCCUGAUGGUGUUGUUACACAAGUGACUUAUUUCUAGAUGAUAUCUGUUGCCAUAGAGCAAUAUUUUGAUGGGGAAAUAGUAGAGUUGCUUAUUGUGGAUUACAGAUCAAAUUGCUAAACAGGCAGAGGUUUGAUGAUACCUUAAUUGCAAAUAUGUACUGUGCUCAUACUGGAUCUGUGGCUAAACCAAAUUGCAAACCAUUUCUCAUCAAAAUCAUUAUGGCUGCUGCAAAAUCAUCUAUACAGCUACUUCCAUACCUCUCCAAAGCUAACCAGCUCCCAAAGACUGCCAUAUAGCAUACUGAGAUAAUGAUGUUAAAGGAUCAACACCUUCAAAUUCAGGAGGCAAAGGUUGUUUUAAGAUUCUGCUCUCUACAAUAGUUCCCUUUGAUCCACCUUGCCUUAGGAAACCCCUUUUCAACCUCAUAUUCUGACUUGCAGUCAAUUAUAUCUUGAACUCUCAACAACUGGACAUAGAUUGUGUCAAGCAGAGUAUCAAUACAGCACUCAUGUAUCAGGAUAGACAGCUUGAGAAAGAUACACAUUCCCUGCAAUCAGCACUCAAUAAGGACACCCAAACCAGGAUAUACUCACACUUCCAAUCACACACUACCAGAUCCGGAUAUCAUUUUUGUAUAUUCAGAAUAAAAUCAAGGUUGUGU